UUGGACUGAGCCAUGCUGAUCAUUCGGAAGCUUGAAGCUCGCUAAAACCGAGAGCAGCAAUGGAACCUCAUCGACUUCAGUUGGAUCAAGAAACUUUCUCCUGUCCGAUUUGUCUGGAGCCAAUGAUGGACCCAGUGACUAUUCCCUGUGGACACAGUUAUUGUAGGGUCUGUAUUAAAAGACACUGGGAUACAGAGAAUCUGAAAGAAAACAGCUGCCCUCAGUGCAGGAGAUCCUUUAAAAGGAGGCCUGAUCUGGAGAAAAACACCAUCUUAGCAGCUUUAGUGGAGGAACUAAAGAAGACUGGACUCCAGGCUGAUCCUGCUGAUCACUGCUAUGCUGGACCUGAAGAUGUGGCCUGUGAUUUCUGCACUGGAAGAAAACUGAAAGCCGUCAAGUCCUGUUUAGUCUGUCUGGCCUCUUAUUGUGAGAAACACCUUCAGCCUCAUUAUGAUUCAGCUACAUUUAGGAUACACAAGCUGGUGGAGCCCUCCAAGAACCUCCAGGAGAACAUCUGCUCUGAUCAUGAUGAGGUGAUGAAGAUGUUCUGUCGUACUGAUCAGAAGUGUAUCUGUAGUUUCUGUUUAUUGGAUGAACAUAGAGGCCACGACACAGUGUCAGCUGCAGCAGAAAGGACUGAGAGGCAGAGAGAGCUGGAGGAGAGACGAGGAAGAAUCCAGCAGAGAAUCCAGGAUAGAGAGGAAGAUGUGAAGCUGCUUCAACAGGAGGUGGAGGCCAUCAAUCACUCUGCUGAUAAAACAGUGGAGGACAGUGAGAAGAUCUUCACUGAGCUGAUCCGUCUCAUCCAGAAAAGAAGCUCUGAUGUGAAGCAGCAGAUCAGAUCCCAGCAGGAAACUGAAGUGAGUCGAGUCAAAGAGCUUCAGGAGAAGCUGGAGCAGGAGAUCACUGAGCUGAAGAAGAAAGAAGCUGAGCUGAAGCAGCUCUUAAACACAGAGGAUCACAACCAGUUUCUCCACAGCUACCCCUCACUGUCAGCACUCAGUGAGUCUACACACUCAUCCAGCACCAAUAUCCGUCCUCUGAGACACUUUGAGGAUGUGACAGCAGCUGUGUCAGAGCUCAGAGAUAAACUACAAGACAUUCUGAGAGACACAUGGACAAACAUCGCACUGACAGUCACUGGAGGGGAUGUUUUACUGUCAGAACCAGAACCACAGAGGAGAUCGGACUUCUUGAAAUAUUUCUGUAAAAUCACACUGGAUCCAAACACAGCACACAGAGAGCUAUCUCUAUCAGAGCGGAACAGGAAGGUAACAAGAACGAGUCAACAUCAGUCUUAUCCUUAUCAUCCAGACAGAUUCACUGACUGGAUGCAGGUUCUGAGCAGACAAAGUCUGACUGGACGUUGUUACUGGGAGGUGGAGAGGACAGGGAUAGGAUUUUUUGUUGCAGUCGCGUACAAGAAUAUCAGCAGAGCAGGAAAAGGGAAGGAAUGUGGAUUUGGCUGCAAUGACAAAUCUUGGGCUUUAGAGUGUUUUCAAAACAGUUCCAGAUUUCGUCACAACAACGUCUGGACUUUAAUCUCAGAUGCUGGUUCUACCAGAGUAGGAGUGUACCUGGAUCACUCAGCAGGUGUUCUGUCCUUCUACGACGUCUCUGAAAACAUGACUCUCCUCCACAGGGUUCAGACCAGAUUCAGUCAGCCACUGUAUGUUGGAUUUUGGGUUGGAGACUUUGCUGAGUUCUGUAACCUUAAUUAGUAUCAGUCUCUUUGUUUAUUGCUGUAAGUUUUUUAUUAUCAAGACUCUGCACUAUUGUUCUGUUUCUUUACGCUUAUUUUUUUUUCUACAAGUAGCUGUGUAGGAUUAGACUUUGGAUAUUUAGUUUUUAAUCUUAAUUUGUUGUAAUUUUUCCCCUUUUGACAUGAAAUCUCUAUGACAUUCUUUGAUAGUCCUUUUUUAAGUAUUCACUUGAUGAUAAAGUUAAUAUAUUUAAGUCAUCAACCGCAUACCUCAAGAUAUAUCUGCCUAACUAUCUUAAACAGAUCAAUGUCCUUACAGCUUUUAGCAAAUCCUUUUGUUUGUCAGUUUGCAAUAUGGAAAUAGCACACCGUGAUUUAAUCUUACCCAUCAACAGAAAUCUGCACCUGUCUCAUUUCCUGGUUUGAGGUUUGAUCUGGUUGUGGUAUGCCACACCCACAUUUUCUGAGCUAAAACAAGUUUUAUUUCACAAAGUGUUUAAAUAAUAAUAUAACAUCAACAUUUUUCUGUUUUCUUAUAUGCUCACCCAAAAUAUUUUUUACCAAAAUAUGAUCAAGAGCGGUGAUAAUUAAAAAGGGCCCCCUCGUGUCAGUUAACUAAAGGUUAUUGUGUUAUGAUAAAGCAAAUCACUUAUCAUAAAAUUAUUUCUAAAUAAUGCUUUAUUUACCUCUUGGAUUUGCAUAGUGAACUGCUUUGAAUGCAUUCCAAUUGCUCUGAAUUGUUUAUAAGCUAAAUUUAUCAAAUUCCAAAUUCUACAAGACUUUGUUUCUCAAACAUAAAAUUUAUGUCAAACUGUCAUAUCAUUGCAUCUUUUUAUUGAUUAUGUUUGUCCAUCAUGUUGUCCCUUCUUUGAUGUGUACAUAGUAGCUUAGAUUUAUUUAGUUUCCCCGGUUUAGUCAAGAGUUUGAGCUCUUUGAUUUAUUUUUCAGAAUAAACUCAUAGUUGUGGUGAAGUUGCGGAGAAUUUAUUCCAUAUAUGUGCAGAGCUACCUGUUUGACCAUGAUUUGAGCUUGAUUCACACUUUCAUUCGUUGUUCUAACACACAGCCAGUAGGACAUAUUUUCACAAAACAAUACAUGACAGUCUGAAUAUUUUUUAUUAGAUCAUAUAUUUUCCAACCCUUAGAGAUGGGCAAUAAACAUAUAAUUGUACAAGAUAUUAGUCCAAGUGAGAAGAUAUAAAACAAUGAAUCACAAGCUCAAGAUCACAGUUUCACAGAAUUGUUCUUAACUUGGCUGUUUCUCAGGUGAUAGAAGCAAUUUUUCACCAAGAGUCUAGAAUGGGUUCCAAGUGAUAGUGAUUGGUUGAACCAUACACCAUGAUUCCAAAUAUUUGACUGACUAAAGGAGCUCUCAGUGAGUCAAGCUUUUCCACUCAUAGAGAUUCCAAUAACUCUGGUAGUGUCAACCUCCGACUUCUUUAAAGACAUGUAUACCUGGAUAUCAUCAGAAUAAACAUUUUGAAAAUGGAUAAUGAUUUUGUCAAGAGGCCAGAUGUAUAACAAGAAAAAUAUUGAACCUAAAACUCUAAGGAACACCAUGCAGUAAGAUGGGCUUCAUGUUUAUACAAAUGGUCAUUGUUCUAUUUGUCAGGUAUGAAGAUCAGGACGAAUCCAUUAGUAUUAAAACUGAGAACUGACCACAGUCCACAGCCACCUGGAUAUUGCUGGACACUUUCAGCAUGGUAGUUUCUGUGAGUGUUCUUUAAUGAAUCCAGGUGGAGAAAUGUGAUGCAUUUCCCCCGACCUCCCUGGUGCUGUACCUUUGGAUAGGACUCCACAGUGUCCCUGUCCAUCAGGGUUGUUUGAGAGCUUGGUCGGCCUAGUUGUUAGGGCAUAGAGCUUGGAAUCCUGAGGUUGUGAGUUCGAAACCCAUUACCACUCUGGGUCUCUGAGCAAGACCCUUAACCCCCGAUUGCUUACUAGG